AUGGAGCAAUCUUCCUCUCAACAAAUGGACAUUUCCGUUACUUCAAUGGAUACUUCCACCAAUAAUGACAAAAAACCUGAUCGGAUGGAACAACUUUUGAAGGAAAUUGAAGAUGAAGUUGGACAAAAGGAGGAACAAAAGCUGGACAAGAAAAAAGAUAAACCAAAACGUCGAAUACACAAAUCUUCACCAAUUAAUCCAACCAAAUUAAAAUCAAAAGCAAGACGUAAACUUCUUCAAGUAAUUCCAGAAACACCCGAAAAGUCACAAAAUAAAGAAGCAGAAGAUUCUUUUGAAGUUGUUAAACAAACACCUUUGAGUAAAAUAUCUUCAGAAAAUACUUCAUUAGCUUCAAAAUUGUCAGAAUUGCUAUUAAAAGAAGAAUCUAGAUUAGAAAAGUCUCAACAACGAAAAAGAAAAUUAAAUUUUUCAAAAGAAGAGGGAAAUGAAAACAAAAUAAUAACAAAUAGAGAAAUUUUGGAGCAAUGUAUUAAAAAUAAAAAUUUGGGGGAAGAUGAGGAUUUGACAAAGCCUAGUAGUUCAACAACUAAUAACAGGUUUAUUUUUUAA